AUGAAUCAUCAUUGUACCAAGUUUUCUGGCCACUGGAAGAUUAUUGUAUAUGAUGAGGAGUGUUUCCAGGGUCGCCAUCAUGAGUUUACCGCUGAAUGUUGGAAUGUUAUGGAUUUUGGCUUUGAGAGUGUCCGCUCUCUAAGGGUAGAAAGUGGAGCGUGGGUGGGAUAUGAGCACCCCUCUUUUCAAGGCCAGCAGUUUGUGCUUGAGCGUGGUGAGUACCCUCAAUGUGAUGCUUUUGGAGGAAGCAACGCUUACCAUAUUGAGAGGAUGACCUCCUUCAGGCCAAUCUCUUGCAUUAACCACAGGGAGAGCAGGAUGACAAUCUAUGAGAGGGAGAACUACCUGGGACGCAAGGGGGAGCUGAAUGAUGACUACCCCUCAUUGCAGGCAAUGGGCUGGUGCCACAAUGAAGUAGCCUCCAUGCGCAUCCACUCUGGAGCGUUUGUGUGUUACCAGUACCCUGGCUACCGUGGAUAUCAGUACAUCAUGGAAUGUGACCGCCAUGCAGGCGAGUACAAACAUUUCAGGGAGUUUGGGUCCCAUUGUCAGACUCCUCAGAUCCAGUCCAUCCGCCGCAUCCAGCAGUAA